GAGUCUCCAGCAGCAGUAGCGCUGUCCUUCCAUUGUAGGCCUCAUUACUGGGAGCUGGUCUGGAUCUCUGGAGUGAGGCCAUCAGUGAGUAAUUCCCACUGCGACUUCUCAACACUAGAAUCACUACCACUAUGACUGUCAGUGAAGUUAUGAUCAUAAAGGCAACAACCACAGCCACUACUCCACCAAUAAUGGCAGAAGUGUUGUCCUGGCCUGCAGCUGGAGACAACUUCUAUGAACCUGUCUGACACUGACAUUCCGUGUGUGAUGACGUGGUAGAAGUU